UUUUAGCGGAACAAAAUCAGAUGCAUGUCUCCACCGAUUUUCCUACAGCAGCUGCAUCUUCUGGUGACGUCGAAGAACUUUGGUGUGUCAAUCAAUCAAUAACACAGGUCAAGAACUAUUGCUGGCGAUUAGCUAUAUAAACCCGCCGUUUAUCGAUGCCUUCUCAGUUAUAUUCGCGCGAUUUCUUGUUAGGACAGUUUGUCAGUGCAAGUGCAGCAGUUGCUCUUUUAUCCGAGAUCAGUGGUUUUUUACUGUUGCGUGGAACUUCUGAAUUUUAUAUUUUAUUCCAAAUAAUAUUAUAUAUACUCUAAAUAAAAUAGCAGAAUGAUCGACUCAAAGAAUAAAAUUCCUAAAUAUACAUCUGAUGCUUUUGACAAUGUCGAGUAUGAAUUACGCAUAACGUACACCGUGGAAACUGAUCGGCGGAUAAUGAGUUUUGUGGACACUUUAUGGGGUAUUGAGGUCACCGGUGGAAGUGAUCAAUUUGAGCCAUUAACAAUAGUUAACGUCACACCAACUGGUUUGGCUAAACGCGCUGGCAUGCGCAUCGGAGAUGAAAUCACCCAAAUUAAUGACACACCUGCUUUGGAUUUAACUUUCCGGCAGGCUUUGGAUUUAUUUCGUAAAACUGGCAGAUAUGUGCGCGUUUAUGUAAGAGGUGAUAUUGAUGAUGACGGCGAAGAAGAUUGGACAUGUGAUUUAUGGUUUAGACCACGUAAACCAUGGAGACGAGAUUUCACACCUAUUCAAUGGGUAUUUCCAUGGAAUGAUCGUCGUAAACCUGUGUACCGUGAAUCUAAUUGCUAUAUGGUACCAAGCAAAGUUGAAGAGAAAAUUAGAGCACGCCGCGCUGCUACCUCAAAUGUUGCUGCUAAGAAGAAAGGAGAGGCACCACCACACACUAGGUCAUUAACACCUACGCCUAGGCCUAAAAAUCAACCAGGACCCAACUUACUGGAGACCGUACUAAAACCUAAAGGACUGCCACCAAAAGAAUAGGCUGCAAAAUGUUGAUAGACCAAUUGUGAAAUCUAAAAUUUUAAAAGUGUUUCCACUUUGAUUUGCAAACAAAUAUAAUAAACGUUAUAUACUUACGAGCAGGAGCUUGGAUGUGAAUAUGUUUCAAGGCAACAGUGCUGUAA